AUGGAACAAUUCGAAAUUGAAUCUGAAUAUUCAACAUUAAAACAACUAAAGGAUGGUGGUAUUGACUUGACAGCUGGAACAUUAGCUGGUAUAGCUAAUGUUUAUGCUGGACAACCCUUGGAUACAGUAAAAGUUAAAAUGCAGACUUUUCCUGCUUUAUAUAAAAGUGCAAUCUCAUGCUUCAAAGAAACUUUUCGAUUAGACGGUAUUCGUGGUCUUUAUGCAGGUACUGUGCCUGCAUUAGCUGCUAACAUUGCCGAGAAUGCUGUUUUAUUCACUGCUUAUGGAUACUGUCAAAAGGCUGUAGCGUUUAUGAGUGGCCGAUCAGAUGUGAAGGAGAUGCAUCCGACGGAAAAUGCUGCAGCCGGAUCCCUUGCUGCCGUCUUUGCUGCUAUGGUACUCUGCCCAACCGAACUUGUAAAAUGCCGGUUACAGGCUCAGCGAGAAGUGAAUCCGAAUAUAAAAAGUACACCGGUGUCAGUGUGUAGAGAUAUGUGGCGUACGGAAGGGUUACGGUCAUUUUUUGUUGGUAUGACGCCGACUUUAGCCCGUGAAGUACCAGGAUACUUUUUUUUCUUUGGUGCAUAUGAAACAUCUAGAUACUACCUUACACCACGUGGUAAAACUAAAGAUGAAAUUGGACCAUUUCGCACAGCACUAGCUGGAGGUAUUGGAGGAAUGGCGUUAUGGGCGGCCAUAUUUCCAGCUGAUGUGAUUAAAUCACGUAUGCAAGUUUCUGGAAAAGGAAGCUUUGGCUCUCUGUUUCUUGAAAUCCUCAAAAAAGAAGGCAUUCCAGCGUUGUACAAAGGUCUUACUCCAACUCUGGUGAGGACAUUCUGGGCUAGCGGGUGGUUAUUUGUAGCUUUCGAGUAUUCCAAAAAGUUAAUGCAUUCAUUAUUCUAA